AUGCUAACUAGUGACUGUGUCAUGGCCCACUAUGACCCUGCAGCUCCCACCCAGUUACGUGUCGAUGCUAGCCCUGUUGGUCUGGGGGCUAUUUUGACUCAAACCCAGCAGGGUGCGGUGAGACCCGUCGCAUAUGCCAGUCGAACGCUUACCCCAGUGGAACGCCGCUACUCCCAAACAGAGCGUGAGGCCCUAGCAGUUGUUUGGGGCUGCGAAAAGUUUCACCUUUACUUAUAUGGCACCACCUUUGACUUGCUUACCGAUCAGAAACCCCUCGAGGUGAUUUAUAGUCCCACCUCAAAGCCCCCAGCAAGAAUUGAACGCUGGGGACUACUCCUCCAGCCUUACACAUUUCGCCUGCAAUAUUCUCCGGGUGCCACCAACCCUGCCCAUAUGUUAUCUCGCCUGCCCUUGCCAAACACAGUGCACCGAGAACGGAACAUUGCGGAGGAGUAUGUCCACUACAUAGCCCGCAACGCCAUCCCCAAAGCAAUGACCCUUACUCAGCUAGAGCAGGCUACGGCGCGAGACCCCGUCCUCCAGCGAGUCCACCAGUCAGUCGUCUCGGGUAACUGGCCGAAAACUAAAGAAACAGAUCCCUAUUUUUGCGUUAAAAAUGAACUGACAGCGACAGAGUCCUUACUUCUUCGUGGCUCGCGUAUCGUGGUUCCAGCCAGUCUACAACCUACCACCCUACAACUGGCACACGAAGGCCACCAAGGGAUUGUUCGAACAAAACAGCUCUUGCGAGAGAAAGUCUGGUGGCCUGGGAUCGACAAAGACGUUGAACACUUGAUUCGUUCCUGUAUUUCCUGUCAGGCCCAGUCCUCCCAGUCAUGCCCACAGCCACUUACCAUGACAGAAAUGCCUUCACGUCCGUGGACCGUCUUGCAUGCUGAUCUAUGUGGUCCUUUCCCUAGUGGUGAGUCGCUUCUGGUUUUAGUUGAUUCAUGUUCUCGAUGGCCAGAAGUUUUCAUUUUAAAGAGCACAACUGCAGCAGUCAUCAUCAAUCGCAUGAAAUCGUGCUUCGCUGUGCAUGGUCUCCCAGAAGCAAUCGUUACAGACAAUGGACCUCAAUUUGUGGCUGAAGAGUUUGAUUUGUAUCUUCGAGAGCACGGCAUCACACACCGUCGAGUAACACCUUAUUGGCCACAAGCCAAUUCCGAAGUCGAACGGUUUAACCGCACACUCGAGAAGGCCAUUCGCGCUGCAAAUACCGAAGGAAAAGAUUGGAAAAGCGAGCUCAACACCUUCCUACUCAAUUACCGAGCAACAGCUCAUUGCACUACUGGCAAAUCACCCGCUGUUCUCUUGUUUGGUCGAGAGAUACGCACCAAGCUCCCGUCGUUGAACACUAGCCGUUCGCCAGCUUCAACGUCACCUGUUGUCGACCCCGCCAUUCUAGAGCGUGAUCGUUGUCAGAAAGCAAAGAUGAAGAAGUAUGCGGAUGAGAAAAGACGUGCAGCACCUUCCAACAUAAAGAGGGGUGACAAAGUUCUUUUGAAGCAAGAACGAAAGAAUAAAUUAUCCACAAAAUAUGACCCAGACCCAUAUAUAGUGGUGGUAGGAACGAAAGGCACAAGUUUACUUCUAAAGAGACGAGCUGAGCCCGAGAUAAUGAGGAAUUCGUCAGCAGUUCGCAAAUUGCCGCCGGAGGGAACAGAUAAUCAUCCACACGAAGCCAAACGGAAACCAGACCAAGUGGUUGAUACAACAGCAAAGCCUAGACCCCAGCGACAGCGAAAACCUCCUGAAUAUCUUGGACAUGAAAAGUGA